CCUCUAUAGCUCCUCUUCUUCUGCGUUCUUACUAGCAGAUAUGCCGAGUUCAACUUGUUUCGCUCUGCUCCUCCUCUCUUGGCUGACUCUCUCCUGCAUUUUUACUGACGCCGUGCAACAACUCAUAAUGGUAAACAACUGCAACCAAACCGUCUGGCCAGCGACUCUCGGCGGCGCCGGCCACAUGACCCCACAUGACGGUGGCUUCCGCCUUGACGUCGGUGAAGAAUCCAUCGUUGAUGUCCCCGAGCUGUGGUCCGGCAGAGUCUGGGCCCGGCAGGGCUGCACCUUCAACAAGCACGGCAAGGGUGCCUGCAGCACGGGCAGCUGUGGCGGGACCCUCCACUGCCUCGGCAGGAGCGGCGAGCCGCCUGCGACAGUGGUGGAGAUGACGCUGGGCACGAGUUUGUCACCGCUCCACUUCUAUGACGUGAGCCUCGUGGAUGGGUUCAACCUGCCGGUGUCAAUGAGGCCGGUGGGGGGCAGUGGAGGGUGCGGGGUGGCGGCUUGCGAUGCGGACCUGAACGGGCUGUGCCCGGGGGCGCUGGAGGUGAGGAGGGAGGGGAGGGUGGUGGGGUGCAAGAGCGCGUGCUUGGCGAUGGGAUCGGCCAAGUAUUGCUGCACGGGCAGGUUCGGGAGUCCGAGGAACUGCAAACCGACGUUGUUCGCGAAUCUGUUCAAGGCGGUGUGUCCCAAUGCAUAUAGUUAUGCAUUCGACGAUGUUAAGAGCUUGAACAAGUGUAGGGCGUCGAGGUACGUCAUCACCUUUUGUCCUCCUCAGUGAAGUGAAGAAGAUGAAGAUGAAGAUGAAGAAGAAAGAAGAGAGAAGAGAGACUAUAUGACCGUUUGUUCAGGCUUUUUGUUUCUCUCGUCUGUUUGAGUGAUCUUUACGCCUUUUUUAUGGUCAAAUUUUGUGAAUAUCGUACUUUAUUUUGCAAAGAUAAGUGACAGUUCCAGUCUCAUUAGACUAUUGUACUAUAUUACUUUUCAUAAUUGCAAUGGCUGGGAGAAUAUGGACCUUCAGUUA